CACUGCGCAAACGUGCUAUCGAUACCUUAUCGGUUUGAACGUUAUGCAGCGAGCGCGCUUGCAGCUCCCAACAAAAUAGUUUUUAUUGUAAAGUGCAGCAGUGCAGACGAAAUGGUGCGCAACAAGGACGACGACAAGGAUGAAGCCGUGGCUUGCAGUGCGACCGUGGUUAACAGUAACAAUACCAACAAAGCCAUUCCCAUUUCUCCGAAUAAUGAAGCCAGCAACGUUACACCAGGCACAGGCCCAGUGCGCACAACGGGUCGCGUUAAGAAACCAAAGCAAGUUUACGAUCCAUCCGACAAUUAUAUAUCACGCGUCUCGCGUAAUUCGCUACCGGCGCCAAGCACGCAAUCGACUCCAGAACAGCCAGUUGCUACGCUAAACAACAUUGUGCCAAAAAUUGAGGCAGCAAACGAUGAUGUAGUGCCAUCGACGACAGGAAUUAAAACAGAGGAACCAGAUGACGGUGUGGCAUUGUCAUUCUCACAAUUUGAGCUAAAGCACCAUCUGGAUACAUGCAUGAAAUGCAGAAAGAGUGAGCCAAAGCGUGGCUCUGGCUACAAGAGUAACUUUCUCACCUGCAAAGCGUGCAGCAUGAAAUGGCACUUUGAUUGUGUGCCGAUACAAUUUGAGAUUUUAACAAAUGCCCGUAAGCGCUACAAAUGCGAGAGAUGCCGCCGUUGCAAUGGCUGCCUUACCGGCCGGAGCUCUUCGAGCCCCAGAGAAAUGGUUGUGUGCUGCGUCUGCGUGAAUGCUUACCAUCUUCCGUGCCAUUGGCCCCGCAUACCGCGCUCCAAGUUGACAGAUCCCAAGUGGAGAUGCAGCAAUUGCGAUUGUGACUAUGGUCCUAAUCAGUUCGAUGGCGAGUCAACGUCACCGCCACGCAAGGGCAAGGCAGGUCGAAAGAAACGCAACAAUUCUGACCCUUCUGCCGCCACCAAUGGCAGUAAGAAGCCCUGCGCCAAACAACUGGGAGUCAUCAAGCUUGAGCCGGAGGACGAAAAUAAGCCGGGAUCGAGCUCGUCCAACACAAGCAACAGCUCGGUAGUGCUUAUCCACGAGGUGGAAGACAAGAAAAUAAAAGUAGAACGUCCAACCUCACCCACAGACUCCUUGCCCCUGGCUUCGCUCUCCCUCGCCGUACUUGGCAUAGAGAGAGAGGAAACUAAACCAGUGCUCACCGUGGCCGGUCCCGGGACCGUGCACAGCUGGAGCGUUGAUCAAGUUGUUCGUUAUGUGAAGAGGCUCUAUCCCCACGAGGCAGAAGUUUUCAGGGCUCAGGAGAUUGAUGGCGGCGCUUUAAUGGUGCUCACGCGGCAGGAUAUCAUUGAUCGUUUCGGGCUCAAGCUUGGACCAGCUCUGCGCGUCUACGAGCUAGUAUUGGCCAUGCAGACGGGCAUCGAUGACAUAACUCUCGCUUGGAAUGACUAAAUCGUGUGAGCAUUUCUCUCUAGUUAUCAAGCGUUCUCAUAGAAGCCCAAGCUAAACUAAGUCUUAUAUAUAAUCGAAUUACGUGGAUCUAAAUGUCGUAACUCAAAUGGUAUUCCAACUCUGUCAGGAUAAAUGUAUCCUAUGAUAUCCAUAUGAUAAUCAACUUACACUACACUAUUUCAAUAUCUGUGUAGAUUACCGCUUAUCUAUGAGUGAGUUCAAUGAAAUGAAAUAAAACUAUAGUCAUCAGUGUUGAAUGUAGAAAUAUUACUGUAUU